AUUCCAUAUGGGUAUUCUUAUCACUUUGUUAACAAAAGUGGUAUUGUUUUAGUGGUAGAAAUCUUAGUGCUCCACUUUUCCAAUGAAAAAGAUUUUGAAACACAUGUAGAAGUAUCAGUAGCAGCACUUAAAACAAGGUUUUAAAGCAACAGAAAAUCUUUGGACAUGGCAAGUGCAGUGUACCAAAUAUAUGUUCUAAUUCUUGUUACUGUAAUAAUUCAAUACAAGUGGCCCCAGGUGAUUGCUUCAGACACUCACUCGCCACUGAUCAAGUUCCUCCCUGGUUUUCCAGGACCCCUGCCUUUCCAAUUUCAGACAGGGUAUGUGGGGGUAGAUGAAUCUGAGGAUGUCCAGCUGUUCUAUUAUUUUGUGGAGUCCGAGAGAAAUCCUAGAGAGGAUCCUCUGCUUCUUUGGUUGACUGGAGGCCCUGGUUGUUCUUCAUUUUGUGGCUUUGCUCUUGGAAUUGGUCCACUAUAUUUUGAAGAGGUUGUGUACAAUGGGACUUUGCCUACCCUGUUCAUGAAUCCCAACAGAUGGACAAAGGUAGCUAGUGUAAUAUUUUUGGACUUUCCAGUCGGUACUGGUUUUUCUUACGGCAGGACACCCUUUGCUUCUGGUUCUACUGAUGACCAAGCAUGUUCUCAAGCUGCCCAGUUCCUGAGGAAGUGGUUUGUCAGUCAUCCUGAAUUCCUCUCAAAUCCCUUUUAUGUUGCCGGAGACUCUUAUGCUGGAAUGUUUAUUCCAGUUAUCACUCAAAUAAUUUCAAAUGGAAACCAAGCAGGCCUUAAACCCGCUAUCAAUCUUAAGGGUUACAUAGCUGGAAAUCCAGCGACAUUCCCUGCUCAGUUGAACUUUACAAUCCCUUUUUCUCAUGGAAUGGGACUAAUAUCUGAUGAACUUUUUGAGUCAUUGAGGAGAAGUUGUGGGUUCGACGAUCAGAAACCAGAUCCUGACAGUGCAGAAUGUUCACUUAGUUUAGAAGCUUUCGAGCAGUGUACUGCUGGACUUAAUGAGCAUCAUAUUUUGUGGAAAAACUGUGAUGAUGGUGAUGCACAACGUCAUCUUCACAGAUCAUUAUCUGGUGAGAAAAGAGCUGUUACAGAUAUAAUUGGAGAAACAUCACUUCUUGAACCUGGGUGUCCUGUUGAUGCAAUUGCACUUACGCUUUUCAAGUACUGGUUCAACGAUAUGAAAGUUCAGGAAGCGCUGCAUAUCAGAAAGGGGACCGUAGGGACAUGGGAAAGGUGCAGUACUGAUUUGUCUUUUGAAAUUCUAAUCUCGGAUGUUAGACCAUAUCAUGCAAAUCUCAGCACAAGGGGCUACAGAUCCCUCAUAUACAGCGGUGAUCAUGAUCCCCAAGUGCCAUUUCUAUCCACGCAAGCUUGGAUAAGGGAUCUAAACUACUCUAUUAUCGAUGACUGGCGUCCGUGGAUUCUUGAAGGCCAAUAUUCUGGUUAUACAAGGACUUACUCCAACAAAAUGACUUUUGCUACUCUCAAGGGGGGAAGCCAUACUCCUACAUCAAACAGGCCUGCAGAAUGUUAUGCUAUGUUCGAAAGAUGGAUAUCAGAAAAACCUCUGUAAACACUACCUACUCUCCGAGACCGAGCAUACAGGCUGCUCACAAGUCACAACCUAUGCUGUAUACAAGUUUGUUCCAGUAUUUAAUAGAAUAUAUUCUUCUAGCUGUUUACAUAUAAUGGUGGAUAUACUUGACUGGAUAAACCAAGCCCAGGAUAUUUCCCAUUUAGAAGCAGGAUUAAGGCCCUGUGAGGUUCUUGUAUCAGUAUACUCAUAGUCUAAAUAAAGAGGACAGCAGACUAUACAUGUUUCAUUGUAAGUGGCCGAACUUUAUCCCUUUUUCAUUCUGAUGACAGAACUUUUAAAUUUACAGU